GAGGCAAUCAGGAUAAAAAGGAGGAGGCGUCCAAGCGACUCUGGAUCAAGGGUUCGCACUACCUCCGCUUUCACCGUGCCUGCGUACCUUCUCCGGCCCCCGGCAUGCGGACGCUCUGCGCUGCCGCCGCGCUGGCGCUGCUCGCCUCCAGCGCGACCGCGCUCCACGCCCGCCUGGACAGCAAGACGACGAAGGCGGAUCAGCUGGAGGACGACGGCCCUGGGACCUACGUUGUCGUCUCGGCCGGGCCUACCCUCAAGUCGCUCCCCGUGAGCAAGGACUACGCCCGCACCAGCGAGAAGGUGGGGGAGGUGGCGGUGCAGCAGGAGGUGAACGUCCUGGAGGUGGCCGCGGAGCUGAACGAUGGCAGGAGGCGGGCCCGGAUCGCGGAUCCCGCGGGCUGGAUCACCCUGCUGGCCACCAAGAACAAUUUCCGCUUCGCCGCGAAGCAGUCGGAUGUGGGGAAACAGUCCAACCCGUGGAUCGCGGCGAAUGCCAAGAACCUCUCGGUGACCCACCUCCGCCUUGACAAGACGCCAGAGGAGCUCACCGCGCUCGUCACAUUCGCCGGGCAGAAAAAGACGGAGUACCUCGACGCGGCGGUGAUGCUCGCACACUCCUUGAAGAAGCACGCCCCAGGCUAUCCCCUGGUGGCCAUUGCCAUCGAGGGCAUGAAGCCUGAACACCAGAAACAGCUAACGAACGCUGGCUGGCAGCUGGUCUUUGUGGAGAACUGGGAGGACGAGUAUUGCCAACAGGAUUGCAACCAGGAGUUCAUGAAGCGCUGGCACGACAGUUUUGAGAAGAUCAACAUCUUCAGGCUCGGCUUUGGCAGGGUGCUCUUCUUCGAUGCAGACACUUACGUGUUCAGCCCCCGGAUCAAGGAACUGCUGACUGGUACACGGCUGAAGAAGGGCCACAUCGCCAUGGCGCCCGAUGGUUGCAAGGACGAGUACAAUAGCGGGGUGAUGCUAUUCCGUCCCAGUGUGGAAAUUUUCACCCAUAUGCUCGAGCUGGUCGUUACCCGUAAGCGCGAGCAGAUCUUGGACCAGAACAUCAUCAAUGCUGCUUAUGCCGGCAAAAUCAUGGAGCUCGACCGGGAGUUCAAUUGUGUGGAUAUCAUGGGCGUUCAGCCAGGCAUGGCGGAAGAGUGCUCACAUAAAUGCAGCGCCAACGUGGUCGUUGCGCAUUUCACGGGGCACCCCAAGCCGACCGCCGCCAAGAGGCGGCUUCUGGCGAUGGUGCGCCGGCCGGAGUCUCCGGAGACCACAUGCAAGAACACGAAUUUCGGGUCGUGCCAGUCAUGGUCCAAGUACUACUGUGACAUCCGCACUCACAAGAAGACCUUGUCGAAGAACUUGCAGGGCUGGCUCAAGGGCACAGGGGAGUGCUGCCACACCCCCUUCGACCCGCAGAAGGACGACGAGUCGUGCAAGAACUGCCCGUCCCAGAUGCGGAUCACUGGGGCAGCGCCGUUCCCAGAAGCCGCUACUGGCGUGUUCAUGAAGAGCACCAUCGAGCCCACGAAGUACAAUGGCGGUAAGCCAGUCUACGUGAAGGCUGGGUCGGAGGGUCAACCCAUCUACCUGUAUUACGUGCAGAAGCAAGUGUUGUGGAUGAUCGGUAUGGAUUACCAGAACAACAAUCCGUACGCGUUUGCCCAAGUUGAUGCAACGUGCCCCAGGGAUGUGGGGAAGUGGAACUCUAUUGUCAACGGUCAGUGGGCAUGGGCCAAGGAUGUGCUUGUGAAGACAGAAGUCUCGGCCAACACAACGGAGGCUCCCAUGUUAUGGGACAUUGAGCGCCGAGUUUGGGUGCCGGAUCACGGCAAGCACACUACUUUCGAAGAGGACUUCGAUUGAGUCUGGUUUUUGUGAGUCGGACUUCGCGUGUGUCCGCUAUCCUCGUGCAGGCUCCAUAGAGUUGGAAUCCUGAUGGUGAAAAGGCAGAGAGG